AGGAUCGAGGGCUUCACCAACGUCCGCGAGCUCUACGCCAAGAUCGCCGAGGCCUUCGGGAUAGCGCCCACAGAGAUCCUAUUCUGCACCCUCAAUAGUCACAAAGUGGACAUGCAGAAGUUGCUUGGGGGACAGAUCGGGCUGGAAGACUUUAUCUUUGCACACGUGCGUGGAGAGACUAAAGAGGUGGAGGUCACCAAAACCGAGGACGCUCUAGGACUGACCAUCACAGACAACGGGGCCGGAUACGCCUUCAUCAAGAGAAUCAAGGAAGGCAGCGUCAUCAACAGGAUUGAGGCAGUGUGUGUGGGGGACAGCAUCGAGGCCAUCAAUGACCACUCCAUUGUGGGCUGCCGACACUACGAGGUGGCCAAAAUGCUUCGAGAGCUGCCCAAGUCCCAGCCCUUCACCCUGCGCCUGGUGCAGCCCCGGAGAGCCUUCGAUAUGAUUGGCCAGAGGAGCAGGAGCAGCAAGUGUUCUGUGGAAGCCAAAAUGAGCAGUGGGAGGGAGACGCUCCGGCUGCGAUCUCGGGGCGCCGCCACCGUGGAGGAAGCGCCCAGCGACGUGGAGGCCGCGGCGGCACGCAGGGUGGACGACCUGCUGGAGAGCUACAUGGGCAUCCGGGACCCCGAGCUGGCAGCCGCAGUGGUGGAGACUGCGCGGAGCUCGGCGGGAGCCCAAGCCUUCGCGCGCGGCCUGGACGCUGUUCUGGGCGAGUUCGCCUUCCCGGACGAGUUCGUGGUGGAGGUGUGGGCGGCCAUCGGAGAGGCCCACGACGCCUGUGGCUAGCAUGUGCAGGAGUGCGCAGUCCCGUGCCCAGC